AUGGCAGAUAUUAAUAAUGUAGAAACGAACAGAAAUUCAACACUACUUGAAGGUUUAGCCAUUAAUGGACAAUUAACUCUUAACAAAUUAAUUAAUACAAUAGAAGAAAUAUUUGCCACGCUAGCAACCUCUUCUAGCGAAAAUACCGAACAAAAAGUAGCCGAAAGUCGAAAUAAAUAUAAAAAUGUUUCAGAUGAAUUGAGGAGUGCAUCUGAAGUGCAUUGGGAGAGCAUAUUUUAUGCAUGGCGAAUCUCGGGUAAAAUAACCUAUUAUACUAAUGACAAAGAAAUUAAUGACAUAUAUCAGGCAAUAACGGUGGAUAAGAAACUAUCAAUCACAGUUAUCACAUUUACAUUUGAAUUAGGAUUAACGGAUGCAUUAAUGGCUAAACCUUCAA